ACGUAAUGCUGUUUGUGUGGCAAUACUUGUCAUUUAUUAUAGUCAUAUAACUACUAAACUAAUCUGUGUGAAAUUGUUACAAAAUUUCAUUCAAAAUUACAUAGCAAAUCCCCUAUGACUAUUGCAUGAAAUCCUCCGCAUGGCUCGGCCUCGCGCUCUCUCUGGGGCGGCUGAAGUGGCCAAGGAGCCCCAUUCAGUUUCACUGAAAGUCUUACGACUCUCACGACCCUCUCUAUCAUACCAAUAUCCGCUCCCGAGUGAAAACGAAAAGGUCCCUCUUAAAGCGUCACUCAGCUACCCUUCUGAUAGCUCCGACAGUCAAUUCGUUCUCUGUCCAAAUGUUACCCUCCCCCCAGCAUUUGGAUCUGCGUAUGUGGGCGAAACAUUUUCCUGCUCACUAUGUGCAAACAAUGAACUCCCUCUCUAUACCGAAAACCGGGUUGUGAGCUCCGUUCGGAUAAUAGCAGAAAUGCAGACACCAUCUCAAGUCGUUUCCUUGGAACUGUCCCCGACAGGGGAAGAUUCUCAGUCUAGUGGAUUGGCAAUAGCUCAAUCUUUGCAAAAGAUAGUUCGAUUUGAUUUAAAGGAAGAAGGAAAUCAUGUCCUUGCUGUUAGCGUUAGUUAUACAGAAACAACUUUGGCUCAACGGGAUCAAGAAAUGGCUCCUGGUAUUGGUGGCGCUGGCGCAACUCAGGCGGCAAGUGGACGAGUACGCACGUUCCGGAAGCUCUACCAGUUCAUUGCCCAGCCAUGUUUAAGUGUACGAACAAAGGCGACAGAACUAUCACCUCUCGAAGUAGACAAUAGAGCGCUUGGUCCCUAUGGAAAGACGCGAUUACUGAGAUAUGCACUUGAAGCGCAACUAGAGAACGUUGGCGAUGGAGCGAUAUCUCUUGGAUCGACUACUCUUAAUCCAAAACCACCUUUCAAGUCAAGGUCGCUAAACUGGGACUUUGAACGAUCCGAUUCACCGAGUGUGGGACCGCCCACGCUAAACCCUCGUGAUGUUCUUCAAGUUGCAUUCUUGGUGGAACAAGAGCAUGGACAGCAGGAGGGCCUCGAAGACCUGCAGAAGGAUAUAAGUCGAGAUGGCCGGACUAUCCUUGGGCAGUUGUCUAUUGAAUGGCGAGGCAGCAUGGGAGAUAGAGGCUUUUUAACCACGGGGAAUCUUAUGACAAAGAGACGGUGAUAUCAUGUAGCAAACUCUAGGAAUAUGAAUUCAAUUGCUUUGGAAGAUUUGUUGAUCUAUUAGCUACUUAGGUUUCAAGUAAAUUAAGUGCGUUGGACAGUACAAGACAGAGUAGAGAUAUGUGCAGUAUAUACGCGAACAUCCUGACUUCGGUGUACCGAAGGACUGGCCAUCGUGUCGGAUGAGCUAGACAAAACUCACAAUCUAUCGUCCCCGCUAGACCUGCGCCAUCCUGUAACAACAUGACUCUUGUAUGGGAAAUACCUGUUAGCCUCUGCAUAUUCAUUUGUCGAUUUCCAGCUGGCAACUGCACCUCACGCCAUUCUAGUAGAUAUCUAUAAUCUCAAAGCUGAUUCAGGAG